GAAUUCACGCUUAAAACGCGCUUUUGUAACAGGUAGGCUGGUGGUUUAGAUGCGAUGAGCUCUUCUGUGAGAACGUGCGCACUGACGCGAGCGUCUUAUUAAUCGCAAGGUGCGCGAACUGCACGCGUUUGUGUUUAUAGCCCAACUGUUUCUGACACCUGCUCGGGUACCAUGAUGCUGGGUCAGUCUCCGCAUCUUAUCGGCGGCAUCCUCUGGAUUCAAAACCCAAUGCGAGCUGUCCACUGCAAUCUGACCCAGAACGGGAUUGACCAUCAGGUGUGCACAAAGGAUGUGACCUCACACCUGGAGGAAACGUCUGUUGAUCAUGAUGACAGCCCUGGCUUUCAAGACCACAGUCCUGGUUUCCUGCGAAGAUCUCCUCCACAACGUUCUGUGUCAGAGUCUGAGCUCUCCAGGCCGGGAACUGUGAAGCUGUCCAAACCGGUGGCACUGUGGACUCAGCAGGACGUGUGUAAAUGGCUGAAAAAACAUUGUCCCAAUCAACACCAGGUCUACAGUAACUCCUUCAAACAGCAUGACAUCACAGGUCGAGCUCUGAUGAGACUCACAGACAGAAAGUUGGAGCGGAUGGGCAUCAUGCAGGAGAGUCAGAGGCAGUUCAUCCUACAGCAGGUGCUUCAGCUCCGCGUCAGAGAAGAAGUUCGAACCCUGCAGCUGCUCACGCAAGCCUCCCUGGAGAGUUCUCCAUAACCUGAGUCCUCCCGGAGUCCAGCCCAUAUACUCAGAUGUCCACAGCACAGACCAGACUGUCCUCUUCAAACUCCUGAACCAAACACCACCCCUGAGCAAAACUGGAUCCAACUUACUUUCAAUGACCUCAAGAGCAUAUCAACUCAAACCUUGGAGAAUCAUCCAGACUAAUGAUGUUCUUGUCCUGGACUAUGUGAAAGACUCGUUGCUGAAUCAACUUGUUUGUUGUGUGUAAUCUCCUGAAGUGUAGCACUUUAAACUCUCUCUUCCUGCCAGUGCUCAGCACACAGCCUGUUAGCAAAUCUGUGCAGACAAGCAUGAUGCUCGACAACACAUACACAUACCCUGGACUUCCAGAAACUACAGAAGUGGUAGUGACCCCUCUCUCUCUCUCUCUCUCUCUCUCUCUCUCUAUCUCUCUAUCACCAUCUCCAUCCAUGCAUCAUAUUUUGCACGUCUGAAUAUUACUCGUCUCCUCCCUCCUCGUCUUGUAUAAUGUGAACCGGAUGGCUUGCUUGGUUGGAUGUCUUUAUAUGUCCCCUAUUUUGAAUUCCUUCAUCAUUCCAUCGUCCAAAUGUAGAGCCCAUCUUCCCUUACCUGAACUGUACUGUGAUUGAGACCAGAUCUCCUCUAAAAACACAAGCCCACUCUUCCACACGUAGCCACAGUCGUGUCCUGAUCCGGCAUCAGUGUUGGAGUUUGAUUCAUGGUUGAAUUGAAUAAGCUGACAGGAUGAAGCAACUGGGAUAUAAAACUGCAAAGCAUCACAAAUGGGAGAUUCUUACGUUUUUGGAAAGAAGAAGAGAGAAGCAGAUGAUACGCCUCUAUGAAGAUCAUUGUGUGGCUUUCUUCUCAUCCCUCUGUUGUGGAAAAACAAGGUUUUAAUCUUUUAUUAAAGAUUAAAAAUACAGUCGAGCCAAAAAUGAAUUUGAUGUCAUUUAUUCGUAUUCAUGUUGUUUCAAAUAACUAACUUGCACAUUAUGCAACCUACUCUUUUUUUCAUCCAAUGAAAGUGAAUGGUGACCGUGGUCACUUUUAUUUUAUGAAGUUGGAAUAUUCUUUUUAACUUGUUUGGUAACAAGAAAUAAAGUAAUUUGAGUUUGGAACAACAUGAGGAUGACUAAAUGGUUACUUGAUGAUUUUUUGGUGAACUGUGUUAACAAGACUAUAAAAGGAUGCAAGAUGCUUUAAAGGAAGCCUGUCGCUAGGAGCCUUGAACUUUCCAUUUACUUUAUGGUAUUGAAUGGAGAUCCUCACAAAGGCAUCACUGUUAAUAUAACAUGGCCAUUCACUGUUACCUUUUUAACUCUGAAGCACAUGGAAAACGAAAUCAAACGAACUGUGUCUUUUUACCCUUUGAUCAUUGCCACCUUUGUAUCAAGCCUCUGUUAGUUACACGAGCCUCAGGCGCAGACAUGGGUUCUCGCCACAAAGGGACUUGCCGCAACUGUAGCAUGAUACCGCAAUAUCACACAUCUAUCGCAAAGGCGCCAACGUGGCACCCAACAAAGGUCCGUGACCGUGCAGACCGGCCAUCGAUUAUCUGGGUCGGCUCCAGUUGUUUUGAGAGCUACAGUAAUAGGUUGCAUGCGGCCGUAUGAUGGAAGGUUUGCCUUACAAGAUGCUUUAGAUUGGAAUCAGAUCCAAAAAUUGAGUGGUAUCGAUUAGACCUUGUCGAUUACAUCUCGCAUUGGCUCUCGUCUGGCACACAGGAUGAAGUCAAUACGGAGAAUCUAGGGAAAAGCAUGUUCCAAUUAAAAAACAAGCUACCAUUUCAUGCCUUUGUGACGCCUUGGUGGGGUUUUUUUUAAUCACCUGGAGGGCUUUGACGCAACUUUUGUUGACCGAGGGAACGCGAGAAGGGCCAAGGGGUGAAAUGAAAAACGGUCGUUGAUUUAAUGGCUGCUAAACUAGUAUAGAUCUCAGUAUAUUGAGAAUUCAAGUUCAUUUGGUUCGUAGACAGUGGCUUUAAAAUGAAAUCGCAUUAUUGCCGUUUUCACGAUUUGAUGUUCGUCCAAAAGCGUUCACUCUUAUAUUGAUCAUUCCGAUGAGCCAUGGCCAACAAAAUCAACUUAACUAAAUGAACUGUAAAAUAUUGAAAAUAGUAUUUUUCUUUAUGGAGGUUGGAUCAUUAGACAUUAAUGCUCAGAUGAGCGUUUUAACUUUGUGAGACCAUCACACAGUAGAUUAACCACAGUCAACCCGGACUGUUCUGCAAACAUCUUUCAGACUCUUAAUCCGCUUUAGGCCAUUGUUGUUAUUUUCCAAGAAAAAUGCAUAUAGAUGUUAUGAGAUUAUUUAAUAUUUUAACAAUACAAUUUUAUAGCAUAUUCUACAGUAUAUUAAACUUGCUCAAUAUACUAAGACUGUAAAACUAUAUUAAAAUGUUGGUAUAUAUUAAAAUAUAUGUAUAUUGUUAUUUACAUGCAAAGGGGAAAACAUUCAUUCUAAGGAGUCUCCAAAUUUAGACUUCAAACAACAACAAAACAAAAGAAAAAAUUACAGUUCGGCCCUUCAGAGAUUCUUAACUUGUGUUAGUCCUACUAAAGGAACCCACUGUUACUCCGACUCCUUUUUGAUCUUGAAGAGCCCUUAUACAUAAUAAUUAAUGCACACAUGUAUGAUUAUAAUAAAUGUGAACAUGAAAUGUACUCAAGAAGGGUUUUUCUUUUGUCUGCGAGAUUUGCCUUGAAAUUCAAGUAGUCUGUAACUUUGAGAAAGAGAAUAUGAAUACUUAAGCGCCCUUCCGUCAAUGUGCUUUCAUUGGAAUGUAAGCUUUCUUACCUGAGAAGUUUGUAUAUUUUACCGUGGUGUUAGAACUGAGUUUAAAAUAAAUAAUUGAUGUCUACAGUUCUAGUACUAAUGUUCUGAUUAGGUUUAAAUCAACUCUGUACAAGAACACUGGGACAUGAGCACACCACAGAAAUCAUGUGAAAGUUUUCCUCCCUCGAGAGCUGCACAAAGCAUAUAUGGAUUCACAACAUAUCAAUACAUGUACAGUAGAUAUUGUUCAUGCAGACACGCAGGUACAAAGAAACAUCGGGAGAUAAACCCACAAAUACGUGUGCAUUUAUACUCAAACAUCAAGCUGUAUGCAGUAAUCUAAUAAUGUUUAUUAAUGUUAAUUACACCCAUACUGUGCAAAUUAAAAAUGUAUGAUUUUUGA